GAAUCGAUGCUAGGGGAUGGCGGCAAAAAAAAAAAAAAAAAAAAAUAAGCCAAAAGCAUGCUUACACAAACAUCCUCCUAAAUAUACAUGCACCCUCCAAUCCCUACCGCAGACCCCCCGACUCAUUUCACGAUGACUGACAGACAGACAGUACCAACAACCUUUGCUGAGCAAAAACAAAACAAAACAUCCACGCACAACAGUGUCAGCUUCCUUGCUCCCUACAUUACAAGGAGUACACCCUUGCGUUUACCGAUGUUCUCGUACACCUUUCGCAAUCGUCCCUCUGGUCUUCCUGUCAUCGUUGAGCCCCUUGCACCCUGCCUUGGCUCUUUCGUGUUUCACCUACAAACACAAGACUCUGUGGAACGAGCGAGGAAAGAAGGAACAACGGACGGGCGGAUAGAAGGAACUAUUGCAUACGCACGCACGUACAGAGAGGAAGAGAGAGAGCAUUUUGUUCGAAUAUCAUCCCCCUACCGAUCGCAAGAAAGAGGGCAAGCUAGAAGGGAAAAAAAAAAAGGCCCCGAUAGAGCCAUAUCCUCCGACUGGAUUCGACCUCGACCUCGACCUCGCCUGCUUUUAUCUUCCGCGCAACCAAUGCUUCAGGCCCUUAUGGUGUUCCCGAACAAUAACGAUCUCUUCCAUGUAACCCAUACUCAACUGGGCGAGAACGUGGCCGAUAUAAUCCAACACCAGCACCAAAACCCGCAACAGCUACACCAUCCUCAUUCCCCGGAGCAUUAUCACCAACAACAACCCACAGAAAACAUGAUGGCCUCAGCCGCAUCGUCGCCAAUACAAGAACGCAUCCUCAACCCCUUCCCCUCCACUUCUUCUUCUUUAAAUUCCUCAUUAAAUUCCUCCUCCAUUCCUUCACACAUAAAUCCCCUUCUGCCAACACACCACCCCCAAAAUCAUCUCCAUCCUCAACAGCAGCUUUCGUUACACCAAUCACAGUUACACCAACCUCUUCCUCAGCACCAACAACUCUCCCAGUCCCCAAGGCGCCAUCAACCCCAUUCUCCACCACAGACAUCAUCCAAGAACCAAACCUAUCCUCCCACCCCACUCUCUCACCAGUCCUCGCAAGUAACGCCCUCUCCACAACAGCAAACUAUGCACUUUCAUAUGAUCUCACCUAUGAUGGUCAGCAAUCUUAGCGCACCGUCCUCACCAUCCUACUCUGUCAUCAAGUCUGAAGAGGGACUUCGUCACCAGAACUUCGAGUAUCUGGUCUACCCUUCCUUCGACGUGCAGUCGCCGCCUACGCCACAACCACCUCACCAUAUCCUUCCCUCACAGCGAUCCCCCCAUCCCCUGCCAUCCUCACAGCAGCGAAUGAUGUCUUACAACGAUGUCUCCCUGAUGCAGCAGCGUCAACACAGCCAUCAGCAGCAGAUGAGGAUCCAACAGCAACAGCAGCAAUACCAUUCGUACCACUCGCAGCAGCAACUCAUGUAUGACCCCCAACCAACAGCUUCAGGUCGUCCAGCCAUCUCUUCAGCCAUGUCCAUGUCCAUGCCCCUCUCCGUAUCAAUCCCUGUUACCUCGGGUUCAUCCGCACUUAUGGUCAAUUCUUCCACAUCGACCAACUCCGCCAGUCUCUUCACACCGACUAGUGCUGCCACACCGAUCCCUUUUUUCGGCCCUUCUUUCUCUCCAUCUGCCUUAUCAAAGGACGAAGCUGCCGCCAUGGGAUCCCACAAGAUGAACACGGCUGCCAUGAUGGCAUUUCAGCACCAGAAGCGACAGUACUCAUCACAGGGUAAUAUUAGCUACUCUUCUAUUGCUACUGCUUCAUCCACAACAGUAACCCCUACUGUCGAGUCCGGAUCUAUCCAUCCUGCGUCGCCUAAACGAUCAAGACAAAAUUCGAGCCAUCAACAUGCGAUAGCCCAACUCGCCCCAAAUACGAUGGAAUCAGGUCCAGGAAUCUCUGCCCUUCCAGAUUUUCCAUCCUCUAGCGUACAUAGUGCGACUACUGCCGCUAAUGUCUCGCCUUCACCCUCUGCCAAGAGACCUCGAAGACCCUCUACAGCGCUGUCGAGCAGGACCUCGACCGCUGGCAGCCCACACCUGGUCUCAGCAGACGAUGCACGAGUCGCCAAGGUUGCAAAGACCUCGGUGACUUCUUCGGCCGCAGCCGCAGCUUCAGCCGCAGCAUCUGGUGUACCAAUGGCCAUGGCUACAAGGACCCCGAGCCGCGUUGGAAUCGCCAAGGGGCCAUCAUCGACCGUUUUGGAUCAGGUACAGGCGCAGUUCCUGCAUCCAUCACAGCCACAAGUCCAGGCACGCACACAGCCGCCCCAGCCGGGUGUCAUCGUCCACUAUACCCAUGUCCCUACUACAGUCACGACGACCGUGGCCCGCACGGCUCACACGGGCAAUGUGACCCAUCCACGUCGUGCUGCCCAGAACCGAGCUGCACAACGAACUUUCCGCAACCGACGCAAGGCCUAUAUCAAGGAUAUGGAGCAGAAGGUGCUCGAGUAUAACCAGACGAAGGCCAUGUUUGAGGAGGUCCAGAACCAGAACCUGGAGAUGUGGCGACGAUUGAGGAUCCUUGAGAGCUUUGUGGCCCAACAUGGGUUGACUCCUCCAUCGUUCGCACCCUUGAUACCGUUCUGGGAGACGGACGCCGGCAUUGCUGCAGCACAAGCACAAGCACAGGCAGCGAGCGCGGCUAGCGCUGGAGGAGAUGGAAGUGUUUAUAGCCGGACAUCAAGUCGCAACAGCCAGACCUCGGAGAUCGAUGGUGAGGCAGAGGAUGGUCAUAAUCUUACGUACAGCAGUCAUCAUAGCGGUAUCAGUAGUAUUAUUAAGCAUGAGGAGAGUCAGGAUGAGGAUGGCGAGCAUGAUGUUGACGCUCGAGUUGAGGAUCUGGACGUUAGACGAUCCACGUAGAAUGACAAUAUAUGAUAACGCAAUAUACUUGUAAAUAGAAAAAAAAAAAAAACUUUUCACUUUCCCGCAUUGUUCAUUUUGCAUGAACAAUAAUGAAAUUUGGCGCCUUUUUCCCUCCAUUUUUUUUUUGCAUUGCAUUGCGCACCUGGGAAUAGUAAAGUUCUAUUUGUUGUUUGUUGGCGUCAAUGGUUCAGCUAUCAUUUUUUUUCUUUCUUUUUUCCCGCCCUCUUUAUUUUCCUCCGCAUUGGGAUGGAUUCGGGUCAAUUCUUUCGGAAGGGUAGUAUAUUUAAAAAAAUCAACGAUUGUUUGUAGUCUAAGAUUGAUUAUAAGCAGGAAUGGGGGGAAGUAGAGUCGCUCGGAGGUUUAUUUGUUGUCAUGGUGGUACCAUGGAGUUGUCAGGGACGAUUGUCGCACAAAUAAUAUGUAUCAAAUAAACCCCCCAAGAAGGGCC